UACCAUACUCAUUCAUCAUUGUCACAGAUCAACAAGAAUAGGAGACAAUCAAAUCGUGAUCCAAAGGGCCCUUGGGAGUUCCCAAUCCUUGGAAGUCUGUUGUACUUGACGGACAAGCCUCAUUUGGGUUUGACAGCAAUGUCCAAGAGAUAUGGUGGUGUGUUUAGAUUGUGGAUGGGCGACCUGUACAGCAUCAGUGUUAGUGAUCCAAAGAUUAUUCGUGAGGUCUGGCACAAGAACUUUGAGAGCUUCACAGAUCGUCCAAUCAUCCCCUCCUUCAUCUACUUUAGUGGCAACUUCCUCAACUUGGCUGCAUCAAAGUAUGAGCGAUGGAAGCACAACCGACACAUUGUCGCCAACGCCUUCACCAAGACCAAACUCAAGACAAUCCACAACGUCCUCGAUCGUCAAUGUCUCAACCUCAUCAACAGGAUGUCAGAGUUUGCCAAGUCUGGUCAAAAUUUCACACCAUCCGAUCAUCUGAUGAAGUAUUCAUUGAAUAUUAUUAUGAUGAUAUUGUGUAGUGAGGAGAUGUCUUAUGAUGACGAGGCUGAAGGAAGACUGGCAGAGUUGAUCGAACCGAUUAAUCAGAUGUUUGAUAUGAUUGGCACUGGUCACCCAGCUGACUUUAUCACAAUGUUCCAACCAUUCUACCUCGUAUACCUCAAGUAUGGACCAUCCAAGAUACUGAAACGUCUACACAGUUACAUCUCAGCAGUCUACCACGAGCAUCUAAAGGAUCUUGAUCCAGAGAACCCAAGAGACUUGUUCGAUCAGAUCAUAUUGUAUGAGUAUUAUGGCAAGCAUGAGGAGUCAAUUAUAAGGAUUGCCAUGGACUUUAUUAUCGCUGGAACAGAUACAAGUGGCAACACAAUCAAUUGGUUAAUGUUGUACAUGGUCAACAAUCCAGAGAUACAAGAGAAGGCCUAUGGUGAGCUGUUGGCCACGGUUGGAAAGGACCGCGCUGCCACUGUGAGCGACAGGAUAAACACACCCUAUGUGAUGGCCAUCAUCAAGGAGGUGCUGAGGAUUAAGCCCACGGGUCCACUGGGCCUGCCCAGGAUGUGCACUCAAGACGCCGAGGUCGAAGGAUACUUCAUUCCCAAGGGCACAUUGAUGACGAUGAACAUCUACGCAGUACAUCAUGACGAGGAGUAUUGGGACCAGCCAUCAGAGUUUAGACCAGAGAGAUUCUUGGACAACAAUCAUACAAUGUAUUGGAUACCGUUCAGCGUUGGACCAAGAGAUUGUGUCGGUUCAAACCUGGCAAUGGAUGAAAUCUAUGUUGCCACUGCCAACAUAUUACUCAACUUUAACAUUACAUCUAGUACUGGAAAGACAUUGGAUGAUACAGAGA